CUCUGUCAUUUGUGACCAUGGAAGGAAAAAACAAUUAAACAAUUCACCUUCAUCUACUAAUAAGGCACUCAAAUUUGCUCUGACUGACAUAUAAACAAUAGCAAAUAAACAUAGUGACAAUGCUUGACCUUGGUGACACCUGAUAAAACAGCUGUUUCAUAUAAAUCAACAGGUGUUACAAAACAAAUAUAUUAACCUACCGUCCCAAAAAAUAGAAAAUGCCGGGAGGCGUGCGUCCGUUUAGCCACAAACAUAUUUGGCAGCAGCUGGUCCGCCACUGCACCCCUCAGAGCCAGCAGGCAGAAGGCUACAAAAAUGGUGUAGUGAUUGCAUCUGCCGUGCGGACACCCAGCGCUCCCAUCCGAGCGGAGGAGCAGCAGCUAGCUGGGAUGAUAGUCGACGAACUAGCCAAGCGAACCACUGUGCCGCGUAAGGAGUUCACCAAACUGAUCUUCAGCUCGUCGUCAAAGAGGCCGGAGCCAGUGUGCAAAGAGCAUCUUUCCAAUGUGGCCAAGGAUUUGGGCUUUAAGUGCGAGACACUUGCACUGCAAGACGACAUUUGCUCCAUUAGUGGUCUCCAGAUGACGAUAGACUCCCUUCAAUCCGGAAACAACCAAGUGAUCAUUACUGGGGAUACCCGGCGUCAGGUGGUGCAGCCAGAGCACGGAGUUCUGGCAAACGAACUGAUGUCCGUGCGACACCUUGGAAUUUCCAAACGAUUGGCUGGGACAAAUCAGGCUCUCUUGGAGCCGGCACCCACAUUAGGAGGUGCCGCUCUCGCCUGGACCACCCAAGAGGCGGCACAACGUCUGCAACUACAACCACUCGCAUUGUUGCGAGAGUUUUGGGUAAAAAAGGAUGACAAACAGGUAAUGUACCGCUUGAAUGAAAACAAUCCGAUCACUCCCAGCGAGGUCUACACCUGGAACGUGGUCACGGGAACCGAAAAAGGAAUAACGGAGAGUAUGAUCGGUGACCUGUACCCCAAACGCCUGUGCACGCAUGACUUUAAGCAGGUCACUGCCAGUCACCUACUAACGCAUUUGGUCCACUCACUGCCCAGCGGCGGACUGGGAUGCGCGUUCAUUGGUGGAGCUGAUGGCUCCAUGAUCAUGUUUCUCGAAAAACUAGCGCCCAAAAUAGCCCAGGAUGACGGUCGGCCUUUGCUCACCCUUUACACGCGCGAUCCCUGUCCCCUGUGCGACGAGCUAGUCCAUCGGCUGGAGCAGGAAUUCGAUGGCCGGUACCGGUUGGAAAAAGUUUACAUCGACCGAAAGGAGAACGUUCGUUUCCUAAGGCUCUUUCGGGAUGACAUUCCGGUUGUGUUCCUAAACGGGCAAUUCCUCUGCAUGCACCAACUAAACGAGGAGGCGUUACGAGAACGCCUACAGACCCUGCCGGCCAAAUGUUGUGUUUAGUAUAUGCAACUUCUGUCAUUGAUUCUAGAUUUUAAAAGAACUGUUACCUAUAUAUGUAUGUAUAUUAAAUGCAUUUAAAUGCAGGUAUAAA